UGUUCAUGUAUCAUUGUCAACCUACGUGACAAAUUCUAACUAUAGUAGGUUGGAACUAAUAAUGUUCAGUAGUACUUAAAGCAACAUUAUUUGUCCAACAAGUUAAUAACAAGCCAGACGGAAGAUUAUAUGAAAUUAAAGCAACUAGUGAAGAAUGAUACUGCUAUCUUUCCUGCUCCUUGCCGCCAUUUUUGUUUCUGAAGCAUGCCCCGUGGGGUUCUAUGGAUGGAACUGUGACAAGAAGUGUAGUGAUUUCUGCGAAGGUAACGGCGCCUGUGGCAAAUACACUGGAUACUGUUCUAGCGGUUGUUUGCCAACGUACUGGGAUUUGGAGUGUGAUAAGAACUGCUCUCGUAACUGUGCCGGAUCAGGAAAGUGUAAUAGGUAUAAUUCAUUUUGUGAUGAUGGAUGUAAGCCAGGAUAUGCUGGGUUCUCAUGUGAUGACACAUGUCCCCCAAACUGCGGGGGAAACGGAAGUUGUGAUAAAGUGACUACUUUUUGUCUUCAAGGAUGCAAACCUGGUUUCUCUGGGUACACAUGUUCUUGGAAAAACUUGUAAUAGAAUUGUUUAUUCAAACAGUUUGCUGCUUCCUAAGAGCCAAUAAAAUAUUUAAGAAGAUA